UCACUGCCGCUGCCGACGGGAGAUCCUGUAAUCUGGAGAAUAAACGCUUGUGACGGCGGCAGCUGUUUCAGAGGAAAGGUGGAUGCAGUAGAGGAACCCUGUGGAUUUUACAUACUGGUAUCAUUGAGAGACGGGCUGUGUCACCUGGGAAGUUUAGAGAGAGAAGACUUGUUGAGAAGAUGGUAUAAACUGCUCGUAAUUGAUGUCAGAGACUAUUAAAAAAAGCUCUGGUUUAUCUUGAAGUCUGUCGGAUGGGAAUCUACGCCUGUUAGCUGAAAACUCUGGUUUGUUUUGAAUGACUUCAGGUGAUGACACAUGCUUCAUCACAUGGUCUCGGAGGCAUCCAGUAUCCUGACUGCACCUGGAAGGUAAGGGGAAAUGACUGGCUGCUUGCAGGACGAAGGCAGUAACCUAUGAUUUCACACCUCUCCUGAGGCGGUCCUCCCAGACUCUGCUGAGCAAGACGAGUCGUUUCCAGGUGUCCAGACCUGACUCACCGACAUCAUCUCAUCCCUGGCUGGAUUCAGCACCGCGGCUCACGCUCUCACCUCGUCGCGUCUGCCUUCAAACCCGUCGACACCUCUAGCUCUCUUCUCAUGGAGCCGAUCGAAAUUCAAAACAAGUGGCGCUGAUUAACGUGCCUCCAGGCAGCCGGAGUCUCAUUCCACAGCACUAGAAAUAGAGGAAACAUCCUGAGCACUUGUGAACUAUCGUUACUUGGAACAGGAGCAUCAUGUGGAAUCAGUCGAGCUACUGCAACCACAUACCUCACCCUGGAUAUCCUUUUUACCAUGCUCCAUGCAGUCAUAACCAAAGGACCACAUCAUUUAUUCAUCCUGUAACGGGACAGAUUUCCUCAGAGAACGUGGACUUCCUCCUGCAAGAACAGUCGCAGGGUCCUCGCAUGAUGUCCAGAUACACAGGUGAGCAGCUCUCCAGCACCACUGUGAGUGAGGCCUCCACCGCCAUCACCUCCUCCACUGUGGACUCCACGUCUGCCUCAAAGGCCUCUCGUUCCAUUGGCAGAAUCCACAGCUUCGGAAAAAGAGAACAAUCUAUCAAGCGGAACCCUAACGUCCCAGUGGUGGUCCGAGGAUGGCUCUACAAACAGGACAGCUCUGGGAUGCGUCUAUGGAAGAGGAAGUGGUUUGUCUUGGCGGAUUUCUGCCUUUUCUACUACAAAGACAGCAGAGAGGAAUCGGUGUUGGGCAGUAUUCCUCUGCCCAGCUAUGUCAUUUCACCCGUGGGACCCGAAGAUCACAUCAGCCGCAAGUAUGCCUUUAAGGCUAGCCACACUGGUAUGCGCUCAUACAUUUACAAGCAGAGCUCUGUGAUUGGCUCGCAGGCAGAGCACACUGGGAUGAGAACGUAUUACUUCAGCGCUGACACCCAGGAGGACAUGAGUAUAUGGCUGAAGGCCAUGAACCAGGCUGCGCUGAUGCAGAACCACCCCGACACACUCAGACCUACUGAGAACAACAGGUUGUUGCAACAGGCUGUUCCACAGACGAACAACGUGAACCACAAGAAGACCAAGAAUUUAGACUCUGAGAACACAAACACAAUAGUCCACGAAGUUCUGCUGGACCCCAUGCAUCACAACACGGAUGAGCUUUGCAGCUUUCACAAAGACACAGGUGUUAUUACGCUGGAGCGUCCCGUAGGAAGCUCUGCUCUGGAAAUGGACACACAGAGCUCCCUCCCAUCCAGCCUGCCGCCAAUGUCGGACCACAUGUCCACCUCUGCGCCCGUGUCCAGGGUGCCAUCCCAUGCUCCGUCGCGAGCCACAUCCACGCUGCCAUCCAGCCUUACGAGGAACGGGCUGGUCUCCACUCCCAGCCCCAUAUUGGAGCCCAACGGCAUCGCGGCGGGGACGUACCAGAGGGUGCCGGAGCCAGCGGCGUCUGACGCCUUCGUUCAUGUGAAGAGGAGAAACACCCUGGAGCAGGUGGAGCAGUGGGUUAAAGUCCAGAAGGCUGAGCAGAGGGGCCCCCCCUCCAGAGAGAACACCCUCCCCCGUCGAACGCCACCAACCCAGCACAAGUACACAUCAAUGGAUGCCUAUCAGACAUUGCCAAAAGCUCCACGCCAUAGCCCCCAGCCCGGCCGACUCAGUGAGUACAAGUACGCCCACGACCGCCUGAACCACUUCCGCCUCACCCCAGACCGGGGGGCCCAGGGGUCCAACACUGUGCUGCAGCUGUAUGAAUGGCAGCAGCGCCAGCAGUUUCGCCACGGGAGCCCCACCGCGCCGAUCUAUACCCCCGCUCCGGACUACCCCUUUGGCCCCCGCCCUUCUUCCACUGUCCCCCUCUCCUCCUCGUUACGCAGGCCAGAGGGGGCUCCCCGCUGCGUGUCGGUGCCGCCUUCAGCCGCAGACAUCCCUCCACCAGGGCCUCCUCCUGGAACCAGCAGAACACUGUCGCCCAAUCGAAGGCCUCAUACUCCUGCCGGACGUGUGACGGUGAGGCCCGCGGGAGAAAUGCCGGCUCUGAACAUCCCCUUCAACGUGUCCCCCCGCAGAAGCAAAUCUCAGAUGCUGAAGGCUGCUACUAAUGAGAGACGCUCAAUGCCUCCAACUGGCUACAUCACUCACACAGUCAGUGCACCCAGCCUUCAUGGGAAGACGCCAGAGGAGCUUACCCUGCUCCUCAUUCAGCUGCGCCGCCAUCAGGCCAAGAUGGCCUCCGUACGCCAGCAGACCCUAGCUCAGCUCGAGAGGCUGCGCGCUCCCAGAGAGUCCUACCAUCAAAACCAGCUCCUCUCUACAGCUCCUACUGGGGACAGCCCCCUGCUCCUCAGCGCCACCCCGUCUCCUGAGUCACACCUCGGAGACGUUGGCCUUUUAGCUCCGCUGGGCCCUUGCAGCACCCAGAGCGACGACACGUACAUGCAGCUGAAGAAAGACCUGGAAUAUCUGGACCUGAAGAUCAGAGCUCUAGAGCCGCUGAUCCUCGCAGUUCACAGUUUACUACUGCACUGCACUGCUGGGCCUCUCAGGCCUUUAAUGAACGUAGCUGGAAGUCAGACACUGAAGGAGGCGGGGAAACCUGUCAAGGUUGCAGAAAGCGAUGUGGAUGUGAAGUUGAGUCGAUUAUGUGAACAGGAUAAAAUCCUGAAGGAUCUGGAGAUGAGGAUCAGCACCCUGAAGAACGACAAGGACAAGCUGGAGAGAGUACUUGACAUGUCCCACCAGCAGAUGGAGCAGUACCAGGAGCAGCCAGCCCACGCCCACAAGAUCGCCUACCAACAGAGGCUGCUGCAGGAAGACCUGGUGACCAUCAGGGCUCAAAUAUCGCGCGUUUCUACGGAAAUGGCACAUGCUUGGGAAGAGUACAACAAGCUGGAACAAUCAGUGGAGCAGCUAAGGGUGGCACUGCAGACACACAUGACCCAUAGUGACACGUCUCAGCAGGAAAAGGCUGCGCUAAAGCGUGAGCUGUGGAGGAUCGAGGACGUCAUGGGCGGGCUUAGUGCCAGCAAAGCCAACUACAAGAUAACAGUCGACUCUAUUCAAAAUCCAGACAGGAGAUUAGUGCCUUCAGUGUCUGACCAGGCAGUGCCUUCACUCAGUGCAGAGGUCCAUCCUCCUCCUCGCAGCUCCAUCUCCAACACGCUGUCUCACACUUUGCCUGACAGCACCGUGCCAAACUGGGCCGAGGACGAUGCCCCGCCCAGGCCACCACUCCCUCGUCUCUAUGACUACGAGGAAACGCCCCCUGUGGUGCCCCCCCUCCCCAAAGAGGCGUCAGUCAUCCGCCACACAUCGGUGCGAGGGCUUAAACGGCAGUCUGACGAGAGGAAGCGGGACAGGGAGUACGGCCAGUACCUUGUCAACGGAGAUACUAAGACGGAUUUGAGAUCUUACCUGAGUGAACCACAACUGCCAGGAAGCAGCCUCCAGAUCACAGGGUCCGAUGCCGACUACCAGUAUUACCCAAGCAAAGGAAACACAUCCGGGAUGGAGCAGUCUGACUCCAUCUCGUCCUACGUCACCCUGAGGAGAGCUCCUGGAAGCUCUGCACCAAAGGACAGGCCCAAGAGUGCUUUUGAGCGUCUUUCGUCGCCUACGGAGGGCGGCCAGCUCCCUGGAGGCCAGCCCCGAGGCCGGAUGACUGCUGAGGAGCAGCUGGAGCGCAUGAAGCGCCACCAGAGGGCGCUGGUUCGGGAGCGCAAGAGGAACCUCAGCCACGGCGACCGCUCCUCCUCAUCGCAGCGCUCGUCGUCCUCCUCCAGGCUGCCCUCCUCCAGCCCCUCCGAUCCUCCCCCCUCCGUGUUUGACUGGCAGGAGGAACGACCCAGAGCAGAAGGUCAGAGCGACGAAGGACUGAAUCGAGUCAAAGAGAGUGGAAGGAGGCAGUCGGAUGAAUGGUUGACGGUCACAGCCAGGCGUGUACAAGAGGAGGACUUGGAAUCCCUGGACUAUGACCUGGAUAUCAGCCGAGAGCUUUCUAAACCAGACAAAGUUUUCAUCCCAGAACGAUACGUAGAGUCCGAUCCGGACGAGCCUCUCAGUCCAGAGGAGCAGGAGGAACGCUCCCGCCGGGCUGAGCGCAUCAAGAACCUUCUCACCAAGUCCAGUGUUCAGAACAUCCAGCCGUCAGCAUCUGUAGAUUUCAGCGAGCUGGACUCUGCUAUGCAGCAGCAGAAGAGGAUCAUGAGCGUCUCCUAUGCGCUGGCAUCAGAGGCUUCACGCAAGAGCAAACUGGUUGCAGCCAAAGCUGCUUCCCAGCACUGAUCCACAGAACCGACUCUGCAGACGUUCUUUGAAAGCACCAAGCAGGACGAACUCCGAGUAACUUAUUCUUUCCUUAAAUCCCUUCUUUCAUUCUGGGUUUAGUACACAUCUUUCAGUGUUUUUUAUUUCCCCCGUACUCAUGGUUUUUAAAUCAUAAUUUUAUAAUUGCUUCAGCACUUACGUUGCACACUUUAUUGUAAAUCAUAAAAUGACUGAACCUGUUUUUGAUCUUGUUUGUUCUGGACUUUCAAAAUAAAAGCCUGAAUUGACACGCUCA